AUGCAAUCGAUGAACUUCCGUCGAGCUACACUCGCGCUUUUAGCUUCAGCGCGCCUGGUUCUGGGCUCCACCAGCAGCGAGCAUGACCAGUUCAAGGACGUAACGUGGGAUGACCAGAACUGGGUUAUAGCGACACAUGCUCUGGAUCGAGGCCACUAUCAAUCGCGCUUGACGCUUGCAAAUGGUUACUUUGGCAUCAAUGUGGCAUCCGCAGGACCUUUUUUCGAAGUCGACGAGCCAGUAGACGGCGACGUCAUAAGCGGGUGGCCAUUGUUCAGCAGACGACAGACUUUUUCGACGAUCGCAGGCUUCUGGAAUAGCCAACCACGAACGAACGGAUCGAACUACCCUUGGCUAUAUCAAUAUGGGUGGGAGAGCUUUACUGCGGGUAUUCCACACUCGAGUGGUUUGGUCGUUGAAGCCAACGGCGAAUUUCUGAACGCGUCAGUCAACCCCGACCACAUUUCGGAUUUCGUAUCAAGUCUGGAUGUAAAGGCUGGGAUUGCGAGCUGGCGAUACAACUGGAAGCCGGGCGGUUCCGGAGAUGGGACCGUCGAUGUGGACUAUCAAAUGUUCGUGCACAAGCUUUACGUCAACAAAGCAGCAGUCAGGCUAAGGCUCACGGCGACGCGCGAUCUGAACGUGACGGUGUACGAUGUCCUAGACGGUGAUUGUGCUGUUCGCUCCGACUUUGUUGACAAGAAGUUUGAAGAAGACAGCCCUACCAUUUGGUCUGCUGUCAGCCCGGGAAAUAUUACCGACGUCAAGGCUUACGUAUAUUCGACAUUGAGUGGUAGUGACUGGGUCGAUCUUACUUCUCGCAGCGAAGUAGCGGAGGGUGUGUUUGGUGGUGGUAAUGGUUCAACCAUUGCGCAAUCUCUACCGGUUGAGUUGCUCGCCUUCCGUCCGACCGAAAUCACAAAAUUCAUUGGGGUCGCAUCGACAGAUGCUUUUCCGGAUCCACAGAGUGUAGCCCGCAAUGCUUCGCUAUCCGGUGCUGAAGAGGGCUACUAUAAGCUGGUGCAUUCCCACAUUGAAGAGUGGGAAUCUAUCCUGACACCAGACUCGGUCGACGAUUACCACCUACCCAAUGGAUCUCUUCCCGAAGAUGCAAACGUGCAAGAAUUGCACAUUAUGGCACGAACCAACCCGUUCUACCUGUUGUCAAACAUGAUUGGGCCUAACGCUGUAGCCGCAGCCGGUAACAACACCAAGCUCGACAUCUACAGUAUACCCGUAUGUGGUCUGGGAUCGGACUGCUAUGGCGGUAUGAUCUUCUGGGAUGCAGACGUAUGGAUGGCACCAGGAGUACAAGUGUCGCAUCCGCAGCAUGCUCAAAACGUCAUAAAGUAUCGCGUAGAGCACUUCGACCAAGCGCAACGCAAUGUCGAAACUGCAUACCAAUCAAGCAAGAACCAAACAGGCAGAUUUACGCCUGGAGGAGCUGUAUAUCCAUGGACGAGUGGACGCUUCGGCAACUGCACCGGAACUGGUGCUUGCUUCGACUAUGAAUACCAUCUCAAUGGCGACAUCAGCCUUGCCCUCAAUAAUCAUUUGAUCAUUACUGGAGACGCGGAAUACUUCAACGACACCUUACUACCCAUUUCUAAUGCUAUUGCGCAUUUCUUUGGCCAGUUGCUGGAUUUCAACGAGACCUCUGGCGCAUACGAGCUGUGGAAUGCUACCGAUCCGGAUGAGUAUGCCAAUCAGGUCAACAAUAUCGGCUUCACUACCGCACUCAUGCAACGUCAUUUCCUUGAGACGAAUGAGUUCAACAGUUGGUUUGGGCGCAGCCCAAACGCUAGUUGGGCAGACAAGGCGUCUAAAAUGCGACUCCCGAUCAACGAGAAUGCCGGUAUCAUUGUUGAAUAUACUGGCAUGAACGGGUCAGUAGCCGUCAAGCAAGCCGAUGUAGUCUUAGUAGACGACCUGCUUCAUUAUCCCAACCCAUACAGUUUGGCCAAUCUGGACUACUACGCGGCCAAGCAGUCUCUUGACGGUCCCGCAAUGACCUACUCUUCAUUUGCUGUCGUUGCAAAUGAAGUAUCGCCGUCUGGAUGCUCGAGCUUCACAUAUGAUGUAUACUCGUCUUCACCGUACGUCCGCGCACCGUGGUAUCAGUAUUCUGAACAGCUCAUCGAUAAUGUCGAGGAGAAUGGAGGAACGCAUCCCGCCUUCCCUUUUUUGACUGGCAUGGGUGGAACCAACCGUGUCGCCAUCUUCGGAUACCUUGGCCUGGGUCUGUACUACGACAGAUUGGACAUCGACCCCUCGCUGCCGCCGCAAAUACCGUAUCUGAACUACCGCACCUUUUACUGGAUGGGCCAUGGUAUCAAUGCUACCUCUAACUCAACGCAUACAACGUUGGCACGUCUACCUCGAGAGAAUUACACUCUUCCCUCAGCAAACACGACCUACUUUGACAAGCCCAUCCCUGUGACGAUCGGCACCCGCAGCGCACGCGAUAAUGUGACAUACGAGCUCGGAGAUGAACCACUCGUAGUCCGCAACCGACCGAUGGGCGAAGUACUCACUGUCGGUGGCAACAUCCUCCAAUGCAAGGCUCUCCUUCCACCACCUCAGGGUAACAAGCCCGGUCAAUUCCCAAUCGCGGCUAUCGAUGGCGCCGCAAGCACAAAAUGGCAGCCUGAACUUGCCAACAUCACCAGCUACCUUACUGUGGACCUCGGUGAAUCAUCUUUCUACCCCGUCAACAAGAUAGUCAUGGACUGGGGCAACCAGCCGCCGUCACACUUCGAGGUAUACUUCUCUAACAACACUCUGCCACCAUUUGAAAGCCGGUCUGGGUCAGAACUUGGCGAGGACGUCAGGAAUGUUACAGCAGGAGAGGUGGAGAUCAGUGCGCCUUGGGAUCCGGUUACAGCGUAUGAAAUCAAGACGUACAUUGGCAAUCAGACGAAUGUUAGUCUUGCGCAGAGUGUUUGGAGUGGGCGUUAUGCGCAUUUGGGUAUUAGGGGUAAUUUGUUUGCUGAGAAUACUACGGAUGGCGGGACGGUCGCGGAGUGGAAUUUAGUUAGAGAAGGGUAUUGA